AUGGAUAUUGUUUUUAUGGUCGAUACAGGGCACGAUAAUCAAGAAGCUCUUGAUAAUCAAAAACGAAUGCUUCAAAACUUGACAACCUGGAUCCCUCGAACCAACCGCGCAACGAAUUUCCAUCAGCAAAAACUCUUCGCUUUCAAUAAAGAAACAACAAAAGUUCCAGGCUUCACCCAGAAAUACGCCACUCUGAAGCGAAAAAUUGACAGAAUCACACUCAACCCAGGCAAAACGAUUCCGAUCGACAAAUUGACGGACAAGAGCCUUGAUUUAUUUUCCAUGGCGUUUUCCGGCGGCAGAAAAGAGAACAAGAAAGUGGUGAUUCUGCUGCACUCUGGAAUCGGCUCCGUUGAUGAAAAAUCCGCGCUGGCAGAAAGUUUUUGGAGCGAGGAAAAGAAGCCAGAGGACAUUCCAUUUGUCAUUUCAGUUACGCCAGAGGAAUUUUCGCCAAGCCAGCUAUUGAGAAUUUCUGAAAACCACUGCUUCGUCUUUCAGCCCACAAGCUGGCAGAAACUUAAUACCGUUACGAAUAUGAUCAAGCAACGCCUCUGCGAAAUUUCCGCCUCAGAAGAGCAGUACCCAGGGCUGACUCCUCCGCCAGCCGCGAAAAAAUCAGAUCUCUUCGAAAAUCAAAAGCGAAAUGCACCGACGAGUUCGAAGUUUUGGUCGAUUAUGACAAUCCAAACGGAGGAACCGCAAUUCAAAUCAUCAAAGACGAGCAAAAACUCAUCUCAAAAGCGCUUAAAGACUUCAACUACAGAAGAAUUGGGCAUGUUAUGGAGGGACACUCGAUGA